AUGGCUCCAACUAUAACCAGUCCCAAACAGCCGAUUGCAGUUCGUCUUGAUCAUAUUGCUUCCAGACCCACCACGCUUCGGGUCAACCGUCAUAGCCUGAGUUGGUCUGGGGGCGAUUUUACCAUCUCGGAGUUGGUAAAUGCCGAAGGCGGUUCUUCUGGCGACACGUCUCCUCUGUUCACUGUCAAUGGCAAAGUUGCAUCUUUCACCCAGCGACAUCAAUUCCUCGAUCAAACCGGUCUUCCGCUCUUUGACAUCACACGAAAGGCGGCUGGUGUGACAUGGUUCGUUAGACUUCCUGAUGAGGGAUCUUCUCGUGAGCCCAUUGCUACGAUUGCACCUCGAUGGAGCUAUUUCAAGGACAAAUUUGAUGUUUAUAUAUCAAAUGCUGCCAUGAACGGAGAAGAGAUUUUGAUUGAAGCUCGCGGGCAAGAUAUCUGGAAAUUGAGGACGAAUUUCUACGCCAAUGGCUCCUUGGUGAUGACAUCGAAAAGGACAGACAAGCUUACGGCAUAUAUUCCCGGUAAACACCCUGAAUGGCAGAUGGAUGUUGCAAAAGGCAUAGAUCUGUCCCUGGCGGCAGUCUUAUCGGUCUAUCUGGCUGAGCUUAUGUUUCAUAGCUCCAUGCCAUCUUCGCACAACUCUGUCAGUGAUACCCAGGGAUCAUCGAGGGAACAAACUAGCUCUGGAUCAAAGGAUGCUAUUCGUUGA